AUGUGGGACCUCAUGGUUGAAAAGCGUGUGGAUAAACCCCCACUACUAUGGGCACCUUCACAGGCCAAACUCCCUAUGGCUGAGACCAAGCCCCACGGGGUCAGGCCCCACAUCUGCUGCUUGCCCCCUCCGCGCCCCCCCACCUCUCUCGGCAGUGCCCCACUUCUGCUCAGAGCCGAGCCCCGAUGGGGCGGGCCGCGGCCGAGCCAGCCCGCGGCCACCGAGCCCUGCGCAGCCGAGCGGGGCAGAGACAGCCCCCGGGAGCCCACCGACCCGUGUCCGUCUGAGCCAGCCCGUGACGGCGGCUGGCUGAGCACCGACGAGUCCUCUGGCUACGAGAGCGAGAGCGCGGGCGGGGAGCAAGCGGUGGCGGGCGGGACCCGCGGGCGGCAGCGGCGGGCGCGGACCGCCUUCACCUCGGAGCAGCUCUGCCGGCUGGAGAAGACCUUUCAGCGCCAGAAGUACUUGGGAGCCUCGGAGCGGAGGAAGUUGGCGGCUGCUUUGCAGCUCUCGGAGAUCCAGAUCAAGACGUGGUUUCAGAACCGGAGGAUGAAAUUGAAAAGGCAAAUACAGGACCACCAGCACAGUCUCAUAUCUCCUGCUCCACUUCACACCUAUCCCCCGGGGGCCCCACCAGCUUUCUUCCAGGAUAGUCUGCACUACCCCUUUGGUCCACAGCAGCACAGACUCCUGCCUCUUACCCCGGUGCCUGCUGUGCAGUUCAGCUUCUCCUUUCCCAUAUAUAAUACAUCGCAAAGAACCUUCCCCUUUGUGGCAAAUGAGCUGUCAUGCUACCGUCAACACUUUCUUCCUCAUCCUUCUUUCCAUCCAGUUAUUCAGAACAAAAUGGACAAGCAAUUCCACCCUGUGUGUACAUUAUAG